AGGGAGAAAAUAAUAAUAUAAAUCACCACGAUAAAAUCCGUAAAUAGUUUUAUUUGAAAAGUUACUGUAUAAAAUACGAUUUUAAAGCACCUAUCCCGAGGGAGAAGUUAAUAAAUAGAAACAAAAUCAUAACUUUUAUUGAAAAAACUAUAUAUUAUAUUCUUUUAUCGAUCGUCACAUUUACAAAUUACAUUAUAUUAAAUACAGGUAAAAUUCUCAGGCGAUCUUAUUUAUAAUUUUAAAUCUAAAAUUUUGCACAGGCAAAACCGCGUGCAAUAGUAGUGACAUUAACGUAAUGUGAUGAAACUUACUUUUUACCUUAGACCCAACAGGGUAUUGAGCUGGCAACGUCCCAUAGGUUCACUUCACGACCUUGACGACGGUCAAUAGGAAGAGCGGCAACGUCGGUUGUAAUAUGUCAAAUCAUAAAUAAGGCUUCUAUCAAAUACUCAUAACAAUGGAGGUACACGAGUGUACUUUGUUUACCGUUGUUUACUUUUCUUGACGUAAGUGAAGACGCUAUUUCAAGAAAUUUGAAGUGCUAAUUCAUUAAAAUAUGUACGCUUUCAUGACUGUGCCUCAACUUAAAGUUGAGGUUCGUAAAAGAAAUGCGUCAAUUGCCGGAAAAAAAGGUAAAUUUGAUAGAAAGAUUGCAAUCUAAUGACCGGAAUAAAAAUUUUGGUGUUGACUGCGAGAUCCAAGAGGAGAUCGCAUAUCUGAGUCCAGCCACUGAUACUUUCAGAGACAUAAUUGCGGACACUUCUUUACCAAUGAUUACGAGACAAGCAAUACAGGAAUAUUUUGAAAGAUAUAAUACUCAGCAUAAAGGACAACUCCUGUACGAAUUUCGACAUCUUGUGACUGCCCUCGCUAUUCCACAGAUGGCAUUUAUACCCACUUGCGAGGACAAUGUAAAGCCAGUAUGAAAAAAAUGGUAUACUUUGUGGAUAUAAAAUUAAGUAAAGAUGGAGUAAUUGAAGAAUGCCAUUGCGAUUGUGCUGCAGGCAGUGGUACUCAAGCAUGUUGCAAACAUGUCUCUGUAUUGUUGGAUGGUACACAAAAAAAAUAUUAAAUUGCAUCUGUCAAGUACUCAAAAAUUAAUGACAUUCAAUAGACCCAAGAAAGUAUUUUAUAAUUCACCCAUUGCAGUUCAAAAUUUACCCAACAAGAGAUUGACAUCUUGUACUUAUAACACACUAAAAGAUACUUACUGAUAUUAUGGACAGUUAUGCUGAUUAUGUGAAAAUUUUAGUAAUGGGAUAUGAUGAAAGCUCAAUACCUUUAUUACAGACAUGUGAACCUGCAAAUCCACAUGGCAUUGAAUGGGAUCGUUACACCUAUGUAGAUAGGACUCCAAUAGAUAUUUUACUAGAGAAGCUAUUAUUAAAAAUAUUAUAUCUGAACAAAUUCAGGAAGUGAGAAGAAUACAAGAGCCCAAAGUGAUUCCUCUGAGUGGCAUGAAAGAUCAUGCAGGAUUACUGCCAGUAUGUUUCAUUUAGUGUGCCACAGUAAAGCAUAUAAGUACCAAAAAUAUAUGUAAUCGAUAUGAUUUUGGCCCCUAAAGCUGUGCAGACUAUGUUAGUUGUGCAUAGUAAAAUCCAAGAAACUAUUUCCAUUGCCAAAUAUGAUAGAGAUUAUGGACUAAAAAUAAAAAAAGUGGAUUCAUUAUAUCAUUUGAAUAUCCUUUUCUGGCUGUUUCUCCAGACGGGUAUAUUGGGUAAAGAUACUAUUGUUGAGGUUAAGUGUCCAUAUGCUGCUAGAUAUUAUAAAAUAACCUCUGUGACUGUGCCUUACUUAAAAAUACUUAAUGGAGAAUUACAUUUAAAAAGCAGCAUCCAUAUUAUGCCCAAAUCCAAGGCCAACUUUAUUGUUCGGGACGCAAUAUUGCAAUUUUAUUGUUUACACAUUUGAGGAUAUGAAAAUAAUAUUCAUUAAUAGAGAUGACUCAUUUAUUAAUGGCAUGUUGACAAAUUUGUUAAACUUUUAUGUACAUAAUUUAGAACCAGAAAUGUAAAUAAGUAUGUGUAUAAGAACUAUUUACAAUUAAUAAAUAAAUUGAAAUAA